ACAGCCCUCACUGGCCGUGCGGGAGCUGCCUUCCUAUCCCUCAUUUUGAAAAGAUGAACGGCCCAUGAGAGAAGAUGAUCAGGCAGCUAUGGUGCGAGCUAUGCAAGGACGGGUGGAAGCCGCGCAAGCCGACUGGCAUGGCUAAGGACCACCGAUAUGUCAGACCUGGAGUCCAAGGGCGCCUGGAUGAAUCAAGACGCGGAAUUGAUUAUUAUGAAGGUGAAUACUGCGCAUUGAUGCAAAGACUACACAAGGGCUAUCAGUGCUUUGUAUUGACAGGUGAGGCUGAGCUAAUGGUAUUUGCGCGCCGGUCUGGUUGGCUUGAAUCGUCAGUACCACGAGUCGGCAUCACUGUUUCGGCUCCGAUGGGCAAGCUAGCUGCGUAUGCAGUGGCCGGGAGGCAGGUGCCAUACCUCGACGACUCGAAACCUACAACGUCAAGUUCUGUGGGCUUGGGGCAGGCGCCCGCCUUCGGUGACCGCAUUUGUGAGCCAGUCUCCCACCGCCCUGCCCUCAACCGGCUCGAAAAGUCGUGAAUUGAAGGAGACGGUUGCUGAAAUGGACCGAGCCGUCGAUACUGACGCUAUUCCAGAAUCUACAGAAGAUACCGGUGCCAAAGGUGUAGCUAGUUUGAAUGACGAAGGGACCAGCAGUGUGCGUGGCGAAGUCGUCGACACCGAGAGUAUUAACGUCUUCGACAGCGACCAAUUUAUGGAUCGACUGUGAGCGGAAAAUCUAUUCGAUUCGAUCUCUGAUGACGACGGGAAUCUGGUGGAUGCAGCGGACCUGAGCGACUCAGAGUCUGGUGCCGACGACGAUAAUAUCAUGGAAGACAACCCGUGGCCCCCGGAGACGACGAAAGUUGUAGAAGACUUAGAAGUGUUUGGAAUAAAUGAAAAUGACAGCGGGUCAUUUGACAUGACGACCGGUCAACUUCGCACAAUCGCUGAGUCUGGUUGGGUUGCCUACGAUGAAGAGCACAGUGGUACGUCUGUACUAUACAUAAUAUCGUAUAUUUUAUUGCUAA